AUGGUCCACCGUCUUUUCUGGAGACAGUUCACGGCGUUGGUCUGGAAGAACUGGAUAGUGCUCUCGAAGCAUCCUUGGCUUAACGUUCUUCGAUGUAUUAUUCUUCCCAUUGCAUACGGCAUAUUCCUCGCAGUCGCACAGCUCUUCCUCGUCAAGCCAAACAACUACGGCCUAGGAACUGCUAUCACCGUGCCGCGCCUCGCUGAUCAAUAUGACGGCUCGUUGGCGCUCGUGUGGGCAGAUGGCACAGAUGGCAGUGGCUCGCCAUCCUCGACCGAUAUCAUAUCGCACAUAACUAGUAGCUUCGACUCCAAGCAACUAAGCAAUGUCAAGAAGGCGGACUCCCCAGACGAUGUCCCUUCGCUAUGCCCGGAGAAUUUCAACGGCUACUCCGAAUGCUACGCUGCAGUGGUCUUCAACUCGCUGCCCGGAUCUAGUGGGAAUGCAAGUGCUGCGGCGCAAUACAACUACACGCUUCGGGCGGACUCAGGACUAUACUAUGUGAACGUAGAACAGCACACAAGCAGCUACGAAGAGCGUGUGCUGCCGUUGCAAUGGGCAAUAGACAGCGCGAUCAUUGAACUGACUACGGAUACCUCUCCUUCAACUCCUCUAGAGUGGCCUUUCACGCAGGAGACGAACAGCGAGCAAAGCACCAGCAUCCGCCUGAGCUAUAUCAGGGGACUCCGCACCUUACUUGUCCUGGCACUACUCAUAUGUUACAUCGGUAUUGCCUACCAGCUCCCCGGAUCCUUCAUGAACGAACGCGCAACGCAACUCACGAGCCAUAUGAAGGCGAUGGGCUUGAUGGACUCCGCGCGCAUCGUUUCCUGGCAUGUCAGCAUUUCACUCGUCUAUCUCCCCGCAUGGAUCAUCGUCUCCGUGAUCUGGCACUAUCGCAUCUUCACCGGCACGAACGGCGGGCUCGUCUUCGUUAUCCAUCUCCUGCUGGGCCUCUCCCUCGCAAGCUGGUCGUUUUUCGUGUCUGUUCCGUUCGGUAAGAGCCCGCAACUUGCGGCGAUCGCGUCCACGGUGCUCGCGAUUGUAUUCGCCAUCCUCGCGCUCGUGGACGAGCAUGUGAGCACCGGGGCCGCGUUCUUUUUCUCGCUGUUCUUCCCCCCUGGCUUCUACAUCUUCGCAAUCCGCGCUGUCUGCGGCUUUGAGGUACAUCAGAUCCCCACAAGCGUCACCCGGCCUGACCCUGACAACCAUCUGACCCUUCUCCCCUUGAUCAUUGCUGCCAUCAUUGACGUGUUCCUAUGGCCGUGGAUGGCCGUGUUGCUGGAGAGAAGGCUGUACGGUGCACAUAAUCCAUCGACAUCCUCCCGGCGAUUCUGGAGAAAGCGAACACCAGCGACUGAAGAGGGCUCGCCGGUAGUGCCGCCCGGCAUUGCUAUCUCCAUUCGGAACCUAGGAAAGGACUUCAAGACAUCGCUAUUCAAGCGCGACAAAGGGCUGGUCACUGCAAUAGCGGACCUGAGCCUUGACAUUCCCAAGACGGGUAUCUACGUCUUGCUUGGGUCAAAUGGAGCGGGCAAGUCGACGACGAUGUCCAUCUUGGCAGGACUUUUGGGUCGCACACGAGGCACAGUGCUGUUCGAGGGCGGGGUUGAGCGCCCUCCUCUAGGAACGAUAGGCCUCGUACCACAGAAGAAUGUCUUGUUCCCUGAGCUGACGUGCUACCAGACACUCCGCUUGUGGAGAGCGAUCAAGCCGCUGAGCAAUUCAUCCGACGAUGAGGAUAUCGAACAAUUGCUGCGUGAUUGUGAUCUCGGUAAGAAGAUCCACUAUAAUGCGAAUGCGCUUAGUGGUGGGCAGAAGCGCAAGCUGCAGCUGGCAGCUGGGUUGGUGGGAGGCUCAAAGAUCCUCCUGGUGGAUGAGUGCACUUCCGGCGUGGAUCCACUGUCUCGUCGUGCCCUCUGGCGAACCCUGACAUCCGUGCGUCAUGAGAGAACGAUUGUCUUCACCACGCAUUUCCUCGACGAAGCUGAUCUCUUGGCGGACACGAUCGCGGUGCUUGCGGCUCCUGGGAGAUUGGUGGCACAAGGCACGCCGGUUGCGCUCAAGUCCGAGUUUGGCGAAGGCUACACUGUGCAAGUAUCCUCCAACGUGGCCGAGCCCUCCGAGAAGAUGUCCAUUAACUCUGCGGAACUCCUCGAUCAUGUCCGCCGUCUGGCCCCGUCCGCCUACAUCACCUCUUCCUCGCCCAAUGAAGUAUCCUAUCAUCUCAAAGCGAAGGACCCAGAAGUCGUACACAGGGUGCUGGAGUUGCUGGAGGUGGAACGAGAGGCAGACCGCGUCGGUUCCUACUCCGUGCAGAGCACCUCGAUCGAGGACAUAUUCUUGGGCCUCAUGCACAGCAAUGUUGACAGUCAAAGCGAGAAGGCGGAGAAGGGAUCAGAAACGCUGCUUCCAGUCCUCUCCAAUGGCAGCCAACCUCCAUUGGAGCUGACUAACGGCCGCAAGAGGUCGCCUUUAGGCCAGGCGUUCACGAUCUUCCACAAGCGACUGCUGGUCGCAAAACGGAGCUGGCUCACACCGCUGCUUUUAGUCCUAGUUGCUGUAGCGGGUUCCUGCGUCCCCUUGUUCUUCAUAUCCGGCCGACCUGCUCAAACUUGCGUGCAGAAGUUCGGAAUCGUCGCGAGCAUACCGCUGUAUGCGCCGUACUCGCCUGUAGUGCUGGAGCAAGCAUCCUACAAUGCCUCUGGCGAUCAGAUACUGGUAUCUCCUCCCGGGCUUCUAUCAACGCUGGGUCCGACUACGGAAUUAGUGCCGGUAUACAACAUCAGUAACAAUGCUACCUUCGUCAGCACGAUCAAUCAGAACUUCCAGAACCUCACUCUCGGAGGGAUCUCGGUAGACUUGGAGACUGGGUCGGCACUCGUUGCUUGGGAGGCAACGCCGCCGGGGUAUACUGGGCUCGUCAUGCUCAAUCUCGCGUCCAAUCUCCUGUUUAACCACGCUCUCAACACAUCGGGGAAGGGUACUGAGGUCCCACAGCUUAUCACGGCUAACUUCCAGCCCUUUCCCGGCUUUGAUGCAGGCACUCUGGUGGCUCUAAAGUGGGUGGCGUUCUACGGUGCUGCUAUGUCUGUCUUCCCAGCAUUCUUCUCGCUAUACGUAUCGAAAGAACGGCGGUCCUCCGUGCAAGCCAUGCAGCUGUCCAAUGGUUUGUCAAAUCCCGUGGGCCUGUGGCUGGGGCACCUCAUGUUCGACUCCAUGUUCUCUAUCAUUAUCUCGAGCGUCAUGGUGAUCGUGUUUGCCGCCGCAUCCAAUCAGUUUGCUGGACUCGGGCUAUUCUGGGUGGUGCUCUUCCUGUAUGGGAUCGUCGGAGCGUUGUUCUCCUAUUGUGUUUCGCUGGCGGUCACCUCCCCGCUCGCAGCAUUUGCAGCAUCAGCUGGGUACCAAGUUGUGAUGUUCAUCCUUUAUUUAGCCGCCUUCCUCCUGACUAUGACCUACGCCAAGGUCUCGAAUGAUUCGCGCGAUCUCAGUAUCAUCCAUUAUACCAUGUCCGUUGGAUCGCCUGUCGCGAGUGCUUUGCAAGCUGCAUUUGUGUCGGUGAAUCUCUUCUCCUUGCUCUGUGACGGCGAGCAGCCUGUUACCACGGCAUCCAUUGGAAAGCUCUCCCGAUUCGGAGGACCGAUUCUGUAUCUUAUCGUCUAUGCCUUCGUGCUGUUCGGCAUCCUGGUCUGGGUGGACUCCGGCUCUAUACUACCUCGCCGGUUUGCAUCGCACAAGCGGGAUGGAGCCGUGGCUGGACGUAUCGGACGGCAGGACGCGGACGAUGAGGCAGUGGCGGUUGCGAAGUCGAACGACGCACUGCGUGUACUUAGCGUGGUCAAGGCGUUCGGGAGCUCCGAUAAUAGAGUUGUGGACAAUGUCAGCUUUGGCGUGUCCCAGGAUACGAUCUUCGCUCUCCUUGGGCCGAACGGGGCUGGCAAGACAACGAUGUUCAACAUGAUUCGCGGCGAUGUAAUUCCAGAUGAGGGAGAUGUACUCAUCAACGGCGUCUCAGUUGUCACUCAUCCACGAGCAGCUCGGCUCUCCCUUGGAGUCUGCCCCCAGUUCACUGCAAUAGACUCUGAACUAACCGUGGAGGAGCAUCUGAUGAUCUACGGACGUCUCAAGGGCUUGUACCGUGGCGAGGAACUGAAGCGCAAUGUUCAAGCGCUGAUGAAUGCCACCUCGCUUGACAUAUAUGCGGGUCGUCUGGCGAUUCGUUUAUCCGGAGGGAACCAACGCAAGCUUGCUUUAGCUAUUGCCUUGAUCGGCAAUCCAUCGGUGGUACUCAUCGACGAAUUCUCCACCGGUAUUGAUGCCAAGAUGAAGCGUGAUAUGUGGGGCACGCUGAGAACUGUGGCCGUAGGGAAAGCCAUUGUGAUCACCACCCAUUCCAUGGAGGAGGCAUCUGCACUGGCCAAUAAAGUCGGCAUUCUGGCUAAGAAGAUGCUCGCGGUUGGGACCACGGAUGCCUUGGCCGAGCGCUACGCAACCUACGAGGUCCAUUUCUCCUGCCGUAGUCGAGAAGAGGUGACUCGCGCUCAGGAACUGAUGGUUCAAAUCCCGGGUGCUCGUAUGGCAGACGACGUCGCAACACGCUUCGAGGUCCCCAUAGGAGGCGGAAUGUCAUUAGCGCAUCUCUUCGGUGUGCUUUCGUCCCAAGACGACUUCUCAGAGUAUACUGUAGAGAGAGCCACACUGGAAAGCGUUUUCCUGAAGGUCAUCAGGGAGAAUGACAUUCUAGAGGAGGACAGUACAUUGAAAAGACGGAGAUGGUGGAGAUCUUGCUAA